CCUUGUGAAUAUUUGUUAAGCAAUAUCUGAAUACAGUGUGUGGCUUAACUGUACAACAAAUACAUUAACUGUAAUGCCCCAUACUGGAUGAUGCUGCAGCAGUAGCGUUAAUUUGUCAAUUAUUGUGUUAUUAUCGUAAUUAAUAUUGUAAAUGAGGCAUUGUUACUAUACUACUUGGCUUGUGAAUGUCGUAACAAUAAGCUGUUUGCAUUUAGUCAAGGGUGUGAUUCUUUGGUUCACAUGUUGCGCAUAUAGAAUUCUUUAUGGAGAUGUAAAAUUGCUGGCAAUUUGUUCCAGGAUAUUUUCUUCCAUUUAGUCAAGUACUGCCAUACAAUUAGGUGCAUCGUGCCUGUUUCAAGUAUACAUGUAUUAUUGUACGUGGACCAUCUGUCACUGAUUCAACAUUGUAUUUGUGUGCAUUAACUGUAUAAUACACUGAUAGUACCAUUUACUGGAUGCCCACACCUGCUGUCAGUUCACUUUCUCAGUAUGUGGUUUAGAUUUGUGUCCUUAAACUCCGAGGCGAGGCAAUCCUAAGAUGUAUCAGGCCCCUGAAGCUGAUCUUUCACGAUGCGUUGAGUGGGUGGACAUUGUAGAUUCCUGGCACCACGUGGACCACUUGGAUCAAGAUGCUGACAUUAACAUGGUCUAUGAUAAUAGCCUGCAGAGAACAGAAUUUGCUGUUGCUCAGCGUCGUGUAAGUUCAAAUGGUCAAGAGGACAUACAACCUGUCGAUUCAGUGGAAUACUCUGCUGAGAUUAUCAGCCGUAUCAUUAAUCAUGGGGCCACUGGAAGCUUUAGCCGUAAUCAGAGUCGAGGAAAGUUAGAAAUACAAAGCCAGGAUGGACACUCAGUUACAGACAAGGAUUCAGACAGCCCAGAAACAAGAACUGCCAAAACUGCACCUUCAACCCCAGAGGCUGAGGUUAAAUCCAUUCUUAAAAAUGAAAGCAAGACGUCACUAAUGAGUCAAUUAGAGAUGUCGGUCUCAUCAAACAAGACAAACAAAACUCCUAGUCCCGAGAUGCCCAGACAGCGGCACCAAUCAGAUUCACCAGUGUUAAUACCAAGCAAAAUCCGCAAUAAUGACAAAUUUCACAAGGUGUUCAAAAGCGUGGCUGAGGAGGAGGAGCUCAUUAAACAGUUCUCAUGCGCAUUUGUGUCGGACAUUCUACUUCAGGGUACUCUCUACAUCACGGAGAAUCUCUUUUGUUUCCAUUCCAAGAUCGUCGGCAAGAGAAAGCUGAUUGAGAUUCCAGUCGAGAAAGUGGUUGCUAUAACAAGAGAAAAAACUGCUUUUAUCAUUCCAAAUGCCAUAGGUGUUGUGACGGAUACCGACAAGUAUGUGUUUGGCUCACUGAUAUCCCGUGACAACACCUAUCGGUUGAUGUACAGCACGUGGAUAAAGAAUGCUGGUGGUGCUGGCUUACCUAUCAAGGAGGACAUUAUUGACUUGGAUAUUGGUGCUCCAGAGAUCGAAUCAUAUUCUAGUCCAGAAAAUAAUAACUUCCUUGAUGUCCAACGGACCGAUUCAGGGACGGGUAUUGACCUCGAAUCGACGACAGACUCCGACCUUGGAUCCUGUGCGAGCUGCUGUUCCACGAACUUGGAGGUCGACUCUAAGCAAAGUGAUCUCUUCCAACCAAUUCCUGUGAGGAAACCAUCUCAGAAGAAACUCCGGGAAAGUGUGGCAUCGGUGAAAAAUAAUCAGGAGAUGACGUACUUCAGAAUGCUCUUGCCAUAUUUACUGCUUUGUUUUGACUACGAAGGGAACUAUAAAGCUAUAUGCCAAUUUCUGACCAAGUUACGGAGGACAGCCAGAAUGAAUCUGCUUUUGGCAGGAUGUUUUGUCUUGGUGGCUUUCUUCAUCCUCUCAGCGACGGUGUUAGCAUACAAAGUGACAUUAUUACAAGCUCACAUCGAGGGCCAGAACAGUUGGUCAGAAUCCAAGUAUUCAAUGAGAUCUCAUGUAUAUAAGAAUCUGUACAGCCUGCACAAUGACUAUCAAGCAGCGACUAUUGAGAAGCUUCAUGCCAUAUUACGUGCCAAUAUCAACAUUCUAGAAGAUGUUUACAUGUCACUACGAACUUUACAAGAGUCUCAACGAGCGGGAAUGAAGUUUUGCCAGCAGUCUAGUCAAAAUAAUGCAGGGAAUACAAAGACUAAGGACUUUAAAAGUCACACGGAGGCCAUCAAGCCUGACUCCUGAUAAUUCUGUGUCUUGUUUCUAUUAUGGAACAGCAAGAUACGAGUUUCACUCAUUUCAUUUUGGGCUUGCCAUACAGUGUAUCUUUUUUCUGCCACAGUAUUGGUCAAUAGCACCGAGAAACUUGCGAUGGGCCUUUUGAAGCCGGUGGAGAUCAAUCUUUGCUCAAAAGUCUACAUUGAAUGAUUAGUUCAGGGUGUAAUUGUGUUGAGGUGCUUGUCAAAAAAUAUCUCAUAUCAACCAUUCAGGAUUGCUGUGCUUUUGGGGUAUUUAUAUAUCAACCAACUUUGGAUGUAUACCUAUUAUCCGUUUUGGAUUGCCCCAAGUUUUAUAGCAGGCUAACUUCUUCCAAAUGUGCACCUUAGAUAUUGUUCGUUCCAUGCUCAUGUCACCGUAGAAGUCAUGUUAAUUCUUGGUCUCUGUAGAUGAGACAGGUUGGGGUCUGUCAAGGCUGUUGUCUGUUGCUCCAUGGUUGGAGUAGGAUGUACGAGCAGACGACCUUGCAUUUUUCGGGUCGUCUGGUGUCUCCUUCAUUUGUAUCGGAUGAAAUUUCCAGCUGUUGACAAUCUUUCCACGAUACACAUAUGGUUGUGUUCCCUCCCUUUUCUUUCACCAUCUUUUGGGGCGGUUACAGACUAUUUCACCAUAGACUCACUAAACAUCCUACAAGUGAAUGAAGACAUAGGCCUUGAUAAACUCUAUCAACUUUUGAGAGUUAACAUUGACCAGGCAAUUAUAGCACUGCAAAUUUUGAGCUAGUCAUUUUCCACUCUAGUCCUGAGAACUAAUCAUUAAUCUGUGAAUGACAGAUUGUACUUUAUGACAAAGGCCAAGUAAGUCCAUGAUAUUUAGUAAAAAACAAAGUGACCCUCCCCUAAAGUCUGGAAGUUCAAAUUCAAAGAUGCUUCCAGGUAUUGGUUCUUGCCUUUACACACUUUUAUCACCUGGAAUAAAUGUAAUUAGAAAUGAAAUGUUUCCAAUCAACAUUGUCCAGUUUAGGUGAAAUACUUGGCCUUUAUCAACUAGUUCAAAUCCUAUUUGUCACUGAUGAAAUGUUUAAUAACUUAAGGAUAUUACACCUUCCUGUUUCUACAACAUCGGCAUGGAUGAUGAUGGACUCUAGUCAAAACUCACCCAAUUAAAAAGGCUCCAAUAUGUGGCAGAAAUCACCGAGACAGUGCAUGAUAUACACAAAUGGUGGCCCUGUUUAUCUGUGAUAGUAUUAUAGACGCAUUUUUACGAUCCAGUUUUGAGAGCUGGUGAAGUCAGUGAAUGGGUAAUAUUGUAUGAUCACUUCUUCAGACUAAGUCAUUCUCAUUAUAACUGAGCAUUGACAUUUUUCUAUUGAAAUUUGCUGGGUUGACAGCCAUUUAAACUUGGUGUACCUUUUAUUUACACUCAGUCGUCUUUGCUAUGGUGUCAAGUUUGCCAAAGGCCCCUUCUGACUAGCUACGGGUUUUACCAUUUACUACAAUUGACUGGUAUUUUGUCCAAUGCGUCAUUGUGUGAGCUCUGAGAGCCCGGAGUACCAGUCUCAGAUGCAAUGCAAUCUCAAUAGCUGAACCCUUGUCUUGGCUGUCAAUUAACUUCCUGCCUCCUAUCGUCACCAUGGCACUCCUUUUAUUGCCAUCUGCAUCAUGAUGUUAUUUCUAGUAAAAUUGUGGCGUUAAUACAUGUAACUAGAAGACACAAUAAGCACUGACAUGGUAGAACUGGGAGGUGAGUGUAAAUAACUGGUACCACCUCUGCGUAUAAUGUUGUUCAAUAACAUAGUGACUGUGAUAGACAAGUAGGCGUGGUUGUUGUAUUGUGAUGGGGAAAACUAUCUGUUGUGUUAUAAAAAUUGAUUUAUCUCUUGAUUGUGAUACUCUGUUUGAUCGCUGAUGAUACUUGCGAACUAUUCAAGGGAAAUUAGAAAUGGGAUGAAAGUCGGUUAUACAGCGAAUGUCCCUGUUCUCUAGAAAUUGUCAAAACAAAUGUUACUAGUUGUCUCAACAUUAUUAAGGUGAUGUUUGUUUUUAAAUCUGCGGGGCCGUAGUAAGUGGGGGAUGGGGGCUCACUGCCUCCAGAUCUAUUCGAAAAACAUGGUUUUCAUACAGAUUUGGGACACCCCCCUCCCUUAGGACCAAAAGUUAAAUACUGCCCCAAAAUAUUAGUGUACCUUUUAUAUGUUCAUGUUUAAAGAUAAUUGCCAACUACAUAUUAUGACUGUGAAAAAGAAAAAAUACUUUUACAGAGUUAUCAGAAUGCUAUAAACCCUUGGAAAAUAAGUGACUUCACAGUGAAUCACCUCAGUCCAUGAGAAUCUGAAAAUGAAGAUUUCAUCAGCUGGUUCAUUUUCAUUGUGCUUGUCUUUGUUUGUUGUGUUUGUGCAAUGUUGAAUUGUGAUUUUAAAUCACUGUGUUGAAUGGUAUUUGUCCUCUUUAGUAAGACUUGGUUAUUUUGGAACAACCUGUACUUAAUCCUGAAAUAAUUGGUGUGUAUGAUGGUCCCAGAAUUUAUUGAUCAAAUAAUUGUGAGAAUUUGUUCAUUUAGUAACUGCAUCCUACUGCAGAGAUACAUGUACAAACACUACUUGAACUGUGUAAUUGAAUCCCAUUUCUCUGGGGCGCUGCCCUCAUACACAUAAUAUACUGUCUUUGGAUAUUUCUGUCCUGGUAAUUCAAUUUCCUUGUCAAAUUUGAUUCUGGGAUUAUACAUAUUAGGCAGUAUGUUCUUCAUCAUUAAUACAAACGUCAAUUAGUUGCUUGUUCCAGUUUCUGCUAUUUAUUUGUACAUAUUUAAAAGCUUGCAACGCUACAUUCUUUUGUGCGUUUUAUUGUUGUAAGUCACUUGUUUUGGUAGCUGGUUUGCCAUUGUGACUGAUUAUUUUUAGUUUUUGAAGAAAUUGUUGCAUUUCAGCUUUCUUCCGGCUUAAAAAAGACAGAAAGUUACUGGUAACUUUCCUCUCCUGUUAGAUUAUCUGAUUUGCUUAGCCUUCCACGAUAUCUUAUUUACUAUGCUUUCCAAGUUAAGGAUGUAGGAUCUUGUAUCUGCUCAUCAUGAUGCUGAUUGUCUCCACAUGUGGUGACAAACACUGCUGGUUUGUGUGACGAUUUAGGUCACAAAAGCUACAGAUAUGGCAAACCUGAUGAUUUUAGAUCUUCGGACGCUCCUCUCUGUCUCCUUUCCUUGAGGUUGACAAUCGAAUUAUUUUCAGGAAGAUAUCAAUAUUCCCAUUUAAACUGUGGUUGAGAUCAGAUUAGAUCAGAUUUCUCCUCACCCCAUAUAGAUCUGCUUCAUUUUACUGUUGUUAUUUUUGUCAUUUCAAUUGUAAGUACAUGUACAUAUUGUCCUAAUUUGUCUGCAUAAAGAAUAAAUGUUUCACUUUGUCAAUGAAAUAUCAUGUCUAAAUCCUUAACCAUUUUUACACCAAACUCUCUGUUUUUAACUGUAAAAUUUGUCAACUGUAAAGUGUGUUGUUUACCUAACAUUGUCUAUUUAACAUUGAGUUCAUAAGUCCUAUAGAAUCCUUGCUUUAAAUUGGAAACAAAUUGUAGUGCACACUACAUUGUUUCAACAUACUGAUUAAAAUCACACUUCAUACCCGACCAUCAGUUAAUCAAAGAAAAUGUCAUGUUUGCACAUCUGAAUUCUUUUACAAAUGGUCUAGUCUUUUGAAAGAUAAAUACUGGGUUCAUCAUCCAGGUUCAGUCAGCUUUCAGAUGAUAUUUCACUAUGCACGUCAGAGUCAAGCAUAAAUUUGUUGACCUUUCAAGUCACGAUUUAUUUUUUGUGUUACUGAUUUGAAUCCUUUAGUUGUUCACUGCCAAAACUAGAUGUCAACCAGUAACUCUGUCGGUUAUCGAGUGCAGUAAUGGUAACCAUUGCCAAAUAUUGCAUUUUGCUGGUCAGAUCUGUUUUAUCCCAGCAUGGCCAGCUAGGUUACACAAAUUUACUACCGGUAACAUGGCGUAUACAGACAUAACUGUACCUCUAAGCCUGUCAGACCAUAUGAUAUAAGACCUCUGUCCUUGUCCUAUCGUGUCAAAUCCAGCAAUUGAUUUGGGAAGAGAAACGGGGAGACAGUAGGAGGAAACCUUCGUAACUUGCAUUAGAGUUUCUUAGUAAGAACUCGAUCCUCCUUGGUUUCUCUGCUUUAUGUCUCUCCUGAAAUGUUUGAGUUGUUUUGAUGUUCGCCUUGAGUUGUAGCAGUGUUACGUUCUAGCAAUAUCUCUGUUCUCAACUUAUUAUUAAGUGAGAUUGUAGCUCUGUGCUUAAACAGAGCGACUUAAAUUAUAUUUUUUAUUCCGCGGUUGUCAUGUCUCCUAGAAAGAAAAAACACAUUCUCAAG